GGCGGGAUCUCAUCCUGUAUAACGAUCGAUUCCAAAUUCAACCGUUGUGAAUGUGUCGUGGAUCCAGUCCCCGAUGUGUGAUAGUUGUUUAUGGAAAACGCUACUCAGACACCAUUCAAGGGUAGUAAGUGAUACAAGUUGUCUGUUCCAAUUUUUUAGAAAUUAACCUGCGUCCAUUCGAGUCUCUAAACGAAGGCGCCAAAGCAAGCAGAUGACAAUAUUCAGCUAAGUCGGCUAAGCUAACAACGUAGCCUGAAGCAUGCCGAAUUUCUGCGCGGCCCCAAACUGUACACGGAAAAGUACACAGUCCGAUUUGGCUUUUUUUCGGUUUCCACGGGACCCAGAGAGAUGCCGAAUCUGGGUAGAGAACUGUCGCAGAGCAGAUCUAGAGGCGAAAACAUCAGACCAGUUGAACAAGCACUACAGAUUAUGUGCCAAACACUUCGACCCAGCUAUGGUGUGCAAAACUAGCCCCUAUAGGACUGUAUUGAAGGAUACAGCCAUUCCAACCAUAUUUGAUCUGACAAGCCAUCUAAGAAAUCCUCAUACCAGACAUCGCAAGCGGAUUAAAGAACUAACUGAGGAAGAUAUAAGAAAGAUUAAAGAAAGGAGAUUGGCAUCCUCUAUUGAACAGCUUGUUUCCAAAAAAGAUGCCGCAGUUGAGGAUAGCACAAGCACCAAUGAGGAUGAACCUCAGCUGUCCACAGAGGAGAAGGAGUUUCGUGAAUACCUGAGAUCCUUGUUUGAGGUUGUGGUCAUGUUAGGAAAACAGAGUAUCCCAUUAGUGGCUGACAAAGCAUCUGAAGCUGAACGCAAGUCCAACAACUUUCAGGCUCUUCUAGGUUAUCGCAUGAAUGCUGGAGAUGAAGCUUUGAAGAAGCGGUUUGAGGCAACAGCUCUGAACACAGAAUACCUCUCUGCAACCCAGCAGAGCCAGCUCCUGGACGUCUGUGAGAACACGGUGAGAGAGGAGAUGCUAAUGGAGGUGCGAGAGAGUCGCUUCUUCUCCCUAGUGACAGGUGACCUUGUUGAAUUUUCCAACGAGAAACACCUGCCUCUAUUUUUACGCUUUGUGAAUCAGCAGAACGUCCUUCGAGAGGAGUUUUUGGACUUUGUGCUGUUUGAUGGUGAUGAGUCUGCACUGGUAGAGAGGCUGGAAGCCCAGCUGACUGACCGUUGGGGGCUCAGCAUGGAGGACUGCCGGGGUCAGGCCCACAAGGCCACUGGGACUUCCACCACCAAGAUGAAAGCUGUGGCAGUAUUACUGAUGGAGAAGUAUCCCCUGGCAUUGCACAUGCCUUGCUCCCAUAUGGCACUCAAUAUCCACCUGGCCAACAGUCUGCCUUUUCCCAAUGUUCAAGUUGUCAUGGAGACUCUGAGGAGGAUCGGCGCUUUCUUUAGAACCCCGCUCACUCAGGAUGAGCUGGAGAAAGCGAUCUCUUCUCACCACCAGAAAAAUGAAGAGAAAGGAACUGCGCUAAAACAAGCAUGUGGCUCAGGAUGGACAGAACAGCACAGUGUCUUUGAUGUGCUGCUAGAUUUGUUGCCGCCCCUGCUGCUGUGCAUGGACAACAUUUGGGACAAUGAUGACGGAAAGUUUGACGAUGCUGUCACAGCAGAUGCGUAUUCAAUCUCAGAAACCCUGGCCGACUUUGAGAACGUUGUCACCAGCGUCAUCUUAAAGAAUGUUCUCACGUUCACAAGAGCCUUCGGGAGGAAUCUCCAAGGGGAAACACUCGAUGUGUUUUUCGCUGCCAACAGUCUAACCGCUGUCCUGCAUUCGCUGAACGAGGUCAAUGAUAACAUUGAUGUCUACCAUGAAUUCUGGUAUGAGGAGGCUGUGAGUUUGGCCAGUGUAAUGGAGAUUCCUGUGAAGGUCCCGAGGCUGUUCCUUCGGAAACAGCGCGCAGCCGAUGUGGGUGAAAUCCAAGCAGAGUCGUAUUUUAAGGAGUAUGUGACUGUCCCUGUUAUCCGUGGCAUCAUGCAGGAGGUGGAGGACAUGUUUUCCGAGACCAACCUCAAAGCUCUUAAGUGCCUAUCACUGGUCCCAGCUGUCAUGGGCCAAAUGAAGUUCAACACCACCGAGGAGAACUAUGCAGAUGUUUACCGCAACGACCUCCCCAACCCAGACACGCUUCCUGCAGAGCUUCACUGCUGGAGAAUCAAGUGGAAGCACAGGGGCAAAGAGGUGCGCCUCCCCACCACCAUCCACGAAACCUUGCAGCUGCCUGAUGUCAAGUUCUUUCCCAACGUGAACUCCUUCCUCAAGGUGCUUUCCACCUUACCUGUGCUGAAACUGGAAGACAACAAAAGUGACACUGCUAGUGAAAGGCUGCAGGCUUAUCUCGCCAGCAUGCCUGCUAAACAGUGGAACAAAAGUCUUGCAAUGCUCAACAUUAACACUCAUGUCAAACAUGACUUGGAUGUCAUGGUAGACAAAUAUUGCAGACUCUAUCCAGAGGAUGACCCUGAAGCUGAAGCUGAAGCUGAAGCUGAAGCUGAGGCAGAGACCGAGGAAGUCACUGAGGAGGAUGUUGUGAUGAAAUGAUAGAACACAGACACUGAGCUUAAAUAGCUGUUCUUGGACAAAAAUGAAUGGAACAGAUAUGCUGUCAGUCAUAAACACAUCCUCCUUUGGUUGCUCAUGUCUAUUUUUACUGCAUUUACACCCGGGUAUUUGUAGUAAUAAUUUAAAUUCAGAUGUGAAUAGGUAAUGGAUGCCUUUUUGUAUUUAGUCUCUGAGGUUUCCAAGAAAAAUAUGAUUUACCCUUGUUCUCAUUGUAUGUGGUUAAAAACACUUGUGUUCAAUUGCAUCACAGCUUAAUCUUGCAUUGUAAAUAAUCACAUUUCGCAGGAAGAAAACGACACAACUCAAUAAAAAUUUCAAUACCGCAAAAAAUUCAGAAAUGUAAGGCACUGUGAAAGAGAUGAUCUGUAAAUAUUAAGUUUUUGUCAGGAUGUUUAUUAUUAGACUAGCCUUCUCUGUAAUGAUGCUGUGAACUUAUGGAAAGUAUUUUAUAGCCUGUUUUUUAUUUGUUAAAUUCAGUUGAUGGGUUUUUUUUUUUUUUCUCUGCUCAAAUUAUCUCAUCUACAGUUAGUUUUUCUUUAUUGUGUGCUUUAAUUCAAACUGCAUGAUGAAUGCAAAUAGCCCUGUUGAUCCAAAUUACCGUGGUUCCUUUCCACUGACUGUGAGGCAGGAGAAGCACAAGAGGGAGCAGUUACACCAGUAUCAGCAGUAUCCCUGAAUGAAUGCCAAUGGGAAGCCUUUUUUAUUUUUUAUUUUUUUUUAUUUGUACCUUCGUCAAGGAGGUUAUGUCUUCACCCGUGUCUUGUUUGUUUCUUAAUUUGUCAGCAGGAUUAUGCCAAAACCACUGAAAUGAUUUGCACCACACCUGGUGCAGGUUUGGGGCAUAGGCCAGGAAAGAACCCUGUAUAUUUUGGGGCAGAUUCAGAUCAUUUUACUAUGAAUUUGAAUUUUUUUUCUCUGAAGUCUGGUGCAUGUUGCUUGACGUUGGCCUUGGCUGAGAUCUGCGCUCUACUGAGUGUCAUUCUAGUUUUAUAAAUCAAAAGCUUAUAAUGCAAGAGUGACAUAUUUAUGGAUAGUUAUAAAGGCAAGUAUCUCAAAAGUUCACUUUGAAUGGUACAUUCCGAUUGAAACAGCUCUUGGUCAGAUAACUGACAUUCAACAGGAGGAAAAGACCAUUGUUAUUUGUAUUACAGUUAAAUGUUUGCCUCAUCAUGUCCUGUUUUGCAGAGGGGGAAAAUGCAAGGAAUUUUGACACAACUCUGGUUGUAGCAGUAAAAUUGAAUCGUAUAUAAUUGUUUAUGGUUAGAUGGUGUGCUUUUGCUGUCUCCCAAAGUAUUCAUUAACAUUUUAUGAGAACUUUCAUUAUCUUUUUUUUCAGUUUGGUUUAAUAAAAUCCUAUUAGA